AUGCCUCAAAAAUAUGCUCCAUACGGCCUUUGGGAGUCCCCAAUCACAGCUGAUGCUAUCGCUGAGGAUAGCGUCUCCGUGAGCGACAUAUUUGUAGACCCAAUCACGAAAGAUAUCUACUACAUCGAACAGCGUGCAUCAGAGAGUGGUCGAUACGUGCUUCUGAGCAACCAGACUCAAACUGAAGUCUUCGCCAAGAACUUCAAUGCGCGCACGCGCGUUCAUGAGUAUGGUGGAGCUGCUGCGAUAGCUUAUAACGGGACUGUGUACUCUUCGAAUUUUGCGGACUUCCUCGUCUAUGCCGCGAAAGAUGGGAAGAUCAAACCAAUCACACCAGAGGACCCGAAGAAGAUCUAUCGCUACGCAGAUUUCUGUGUGCACCCAGUCCAUACUGACCUACUCGUCGCAAUCUUAGAAGACCAUACCCACGACACUCCGCAAACUGUGCGCAACUCUCUUUGCGUUAUCAACUCCACAGCUACGACAGUCACGUCCUUGGUUUGUACUGAGGAUGCACAAAGAGAAUUUUAUGCCGCGCCGACCUUCUCCCCCUCUGGUGAUAAGCUCGCAUGGCAGUUCUGGGAGCACCCAGAUAUGCCUUGGGAGGGAGGACGGCUCUAUGUGGCUGACGUCUGCUACAACCCCAACACCCAUACACUUAGCUUAAGCAACACAAAACUGGUAGCCGGUAGCGCUUGCACAAUCAGCGCGUGUUACCCCUUGUGGGCCUCCAACGACAAGCUUCUCUUCACAUCUGACGAAGGCGAGGAGGGAAAUAGGUUCGCAAACCUGUGGGAAUGCACUCAAGCGCGCACAAAACCAGUCCUCUCGUCUGUUGUGCAGCAAGACUUCUGCAUGCCACCCUGGACGCUUGGAAAUUACCCAUUCGCGUUCCUGGACGAUAAUGGCACAAAAGCCAUCUGUGUCGCAUGGCGAGGCGGCCGAAGCGUCCUGUAUGUUGUUGAUAUCACCACAGGAUCCUACAAGGAGAUCAAAGACAAAUCGUUCGACUUUGUAGUUAUCGAACAUGUUCGUCGCAUGUCGAACUAUACUUUUGUCUUCACGGGAUUGCGAAGCAACGCCCCUGGCGCAGCUAUGCUCUGUACUCUUACCGGACCAUCAUUCGUGCCUGAUUUCCAGGUACUCAAAUCUACCGCAUCGACGUCCGCUGUACCGUUCCCUGAGGGUAUCAUUUCGCUUCCAACCCCUCUCGAACUCAAACUGGCGGAUAACAGGAUUGUAUAUGCCGUGUACUACGCUCCAAACAACCCAGCAUAUGCGGGUUCGGGCAUUCCGAACGAAAAGCCUCCCUGUGUGCUAGGCGUACACGGUGGCCCCACAGGAUUAGAAACCCAGAGUUUGAACUGGCUGAAGCAGUAUUUUACAAGCAGAGGAUAUGCUUGGUUGGAUAUAAACUAUAGUGGUUCUUCGUGCUACGGACGCAAAUAUGUGGAGCGCCUCAAAGGGAACUGGGGUAUUACCGACGUGAACGACUGCAUCGAAGCAGUCCAAUCGCCUGAACUCCGUUCCCUCAUCGACACUAAGCGCACUGCCAUCCGCGGCGGGAGCUCAGGCGGAUAUACUGCCCUUGCUUCCAUUUCCCUCGCCUCCUCUGCGGCAAGCAAGACGAAGUUCUUCGCGAGUGCCACGAGCAACUUCGGGAUCUCAAACCUCGAGCUACUUGCGGACGAUACACACAAGUUUGAACUUAUGUACAUGACAAAGCUUCUCGGCGGUACGAAGGAAGAGAUACCACAUGUCUAUCAUGACCGGAGUCCAGUGUAUUUUUCUGCGAGAAUUGAAACACCGUUACUCGUUCUUCAAGGUAAUGAUGAUGAAGUUGUUCCGCCUGCACAAUCAUGGACUAUCAUUGAUGGGGUCAUUAAAAACAAGGGGCAUGUUGAGGCGCACUUCUUCGAUGGUGAACAGCAUGGGUGGCGCACGUCAGAGACGAUCAAGAGGGCGAUUGAGUUCGAGAGGGAAUGGUAUGAGAAGAGCAUGGUGAGGGCCUCUCAAUAA